UAUUUCCUACUCCUUUGAUACUCUAUUGUUGUUUCUAACCCUGAAUCUAUGACAAACGAGCCAGAAGCAAAGAGACAGAAAGUAGAAAUGAAAAUUGGAACUCACAGCGGAACGUUCCAUGCCGACGAGGCUUUGGCGGUGUUUAUGUUGAAGCUGUUGCCUCAGUACAAGGAUGCUACUGUCAUUAGAUCACGCACCCCAGAUAUUCUGGAGGCGUGCGAUAUCAUCGUCGAUGUUCAGGGACAAUAUGAUGGUGUCAAGCACUUUGAUCAUCACCAGCGCGGUUUCACCGAGACGUUCUCUCCGUUCUUCAAGACCAAGCUCAGCUCUGCCGGUUUGAUAUACAAGCAUUUUGGCAAGGAUAUCCUUUCCAAUCAACUCAACAUACCCGCCGACCACGCCCAUAUUCCUCUACUCUACGACAAGAUCUACGCGGAGAUGGUGGAAGCCAUCGACGGCAACGACAACGGCGAGAGCGCGUAUCCUGACGACAUCAAGCCUGCGUACAGCACAAAGUCGAUAACGCUUCCCGGAAUGGUCGGCGCGCUCAAUCCUGCCUGGAACGAGGAGUUCAGCGACGCGAUCCUCGAUACCAAGUUCACCAAAGCGAGUGAGCUCAUGGGAGGAGUGUUUGUCGAUUUGGUCAAGUACUACGGAAAAUCAUGGUUGCCCGCCCGUGAGAUUGUGAAGGAGGCCAUUGCCAAGGCGUCCGAAUACGACUCUGACGGACGGAUCGUUGUGUUUGACCAGUUUGUGGCCUGGAAAGACCAUCUUUUCACAAUUGAGAAAGAACUCGGAAUCUCAGGACAGACGUACUACGUUCUUUACAGCGACGGCAAGGGCUGGCGCAUACAGGCGGUCCCGGUUUCGCCGGAUAGCUUUGCCUCCCGAAAGGCCCUGCCUGAGGCGUGGAGAGGAGUCAGAGAUCAGGCUUUGAGCGAUCUUACUGGUAUCGAUGGCGGAGUGUUUGUUCACGCAAGUGGAUUUAUCGGAGGAAACCAGACACGCGAGGGUGCUUUGCUCAUGGCAAAGAAGGCUCUGACUUUGUAGCGGACUCUUUACUCUCAAAUUCGAAAACCAAUCGCUUAGAUCUGAUCUGCUAUG